AUGCCUACACUUUACCUACCCUCAGCUGGCUACACUAGGACAUGCGCUUCUGAAAUGCUAUCUAGCGCUGCAGCAACUGGUGCUGGUGUUGGAAGUAGCUGCGGCAGUGUUCUUGAAGCAACUCAACCAUCCAACCUUAAAGUUGAUUGUUUUCAGGAAGAUUCAUUGAAAGCCGCUGAUUCCCAGUUUGAAGAAGACCAUAAGCAAGCCGUAUUUAGUCUUUCCAACACAUCUAGUGCUCAUCAGCCCUACUCUUACCCAUUUCUCCAUUCCAGUUUUCAUCGCCAUCAACAACAGCAACAUGGCUCCAGCCAUUUCUAUGGAUUACAGAACGAGUGCCAUCAUGUCCAAUCCCCACCAAUGGGGUUGGUAAGCUCUCCUCCUGUUAGCGGUGCGGAUGCCGUUAUGGUAACAAAGACUAGGGCCAUUUAUCAUCAGGCUUGUAAACCUAAACCACUUGGUAUGCGCUGUCUGGCUUUUCCAUACACUUUUGAGCCCUCAUUUGGACCAGUAAACACAGCACUCUCAGCUAUCUUGUCUCCUUUGCCACAGGCUAAGCACACCUACCGUUACCAUCAGCAUUAUCGCCACAAUUGCUCUCGACAACAACAAAAUGUCAUUCAUGAUCACUUACAAUGUCAUCCUCUCCGUCAACAUCAUAGUGCUUAUUUCUGGCCACCUGGACCAUUGCACCAGCAUUGCCAACCCCAUCAGCCGUUACAGCAGGACUCCUCUCUUGCUGUUAUUUCUUCGAGCCAUCCUUGUUCAUCCGCCCUUCACGAUCGACUUCCCGGACAUAUAUGUAAUGAUAUUAAACCUCAGCCUCCGCAAUCCGAUCAUUUAGUGCCACAGUCGGCACCUCUGGACACUCAUUCGAGGCGAAUUUGCGAAUUUUCAAAUACUUUGGUUCACAACUCUGUUGUAUCGCCCUCGUCUCCGAGACAAGUAAGCAGAUUUUCGCUUUAUAGCGAGAAAUCUUUAAAUUUUUUAUCUCUAAUCUUCUGA